AGGGGGUCACAGAUCUGGGGGUCCCUGCCCUGGGGUCCCUGUCCUCGCAGAGGGGUCUCAGAUUUGGGGGUUCCAACUUUGGGGUCCUGGGGGGGUCGCAGAGCUGAGGGGUCGCAGCUUCGGGGGUCCCAACCCUGGGGGGGUCCCAAUUUUGGGGGGUUCCCCCAAUCCGGGAGGGGUCCCAGUGCUGGGAGGGGAUCCAGGUUUUGGGGGGUCCCAGUUUUGGGGGGUCCCAGUUUUGGGGGUCUCAGUCCCAGCAGGGGGGUCCCAACCUUGUCCCCUGAGAGAAGGGGAACCCCAAAAAGAAGCAAACCCCCAGAACAGGGAAGAGAGGAACCCCAAGAGCAGGAAAAACCCCACAAAGGUGGCGAGAAAACCCCCAAAAAGGGGGAGGGGGGUCCCCGAAAUGGGGUGGGGACCCCCCGAGGGGACACUUGUCCCCAGGAGGUGUCCCCAGCUGUCCCUGGUGCCGCCCAGCCCCGCGUGGAGCUGGCCUGGGCCAUGAAGGCGCAUCAGCAUGCCCAGGUCUACUUCAACAAGUGGCGCCCGUUCUGCCUCAGCUUCGAGGGCGUGGUGGAGGAUUUCAACUUCGGCACGCUGCUGCGCCUGGACAGCGGCGGGGAGUACUCGGAGGAAAACACCAUUCUGGCCACCAGGAUCCAGUUUCUGGCCAUCGAGAUCGCCCGGAACAGAGAGGGCUGCAAUGAUGGGGUUCACAGGAGGGGCAGGGAGGGAACGGCGGCGUGAGCUCGGGGUGGGAUCGGGGUGAGAUUGGGGUUGGGAUCGGGGUGGGAUUGGGGUGAGA